AUGACCUCUAUCAAUAUUGAAGGAGGAAGAACGGGAUUGGUGGCACAAAGUGUCACCGCCGGUACCUUGAACUUUAGUCUUGGAGCUGAGCAUGCGUCCCACGCGUAUGAUCGACAGGCGUGCGAUGAAUGGAUCCGCAAUUCAGGACUUGUUGAUGUUGACGGUAUUCUGGAAUCCAUCAAAGCCUCCAAGCGGCGAGUUCCAGGGACCUGCCAAUGGAUCAAACAGCGAGACGAGUAUCACAACUGGCUAUACGGAAAUGAACAAAAUCGUCUUUGGAUAUCCGCAGACCCAGGAGCUGGUAAAACAACCAUAUUAACCACAAUUAUCGACGAUCUGCAACAAAGUUCGGAUAAGGACUGUCCGCUCAUCGUUCUGUUCUUUUUCUUUGACGAUAGGGCGGACAACCAAUCAUCCGCUACGACUGCUAUCCUUUCCUUAAUUGCACAGCUAUUAAAGCAGCAGCCGCAGUUGUUUGAUCACGUCCGGCAUGUGUCAAGAACUGACCUCAAACAGCUAUCCAGCCUAUGGGGAUGCCUGAGGAAGAUGACAGAGGGUUUGACCCAAACGGCCUACAUCUUGCUCGAUGCUUUGGAUGAAUGCCUACCUUCUCAAGUCUCCGAUCUCCUCAACCAUUUGAGUGAUGAGGCAAGUCCGCUAAAAGCCAAAAUCCUCGUGAACUGCAGAUCCGAAGUCACAAAGCCCCAGUCCUACCUUGGCCUUCAUAUACAUUUAGACGAUAUCAAAGAUGAUAUCGUGAAGGUCAUUGAUGCCCGUAUAGAGGAACUUGCCAAUUAUCCCUUGGAGCUUCGUGAACAGAUUAAGAGGAGGCUUUACUAUGCGACAGGCCGCACCUUUUUAUGGGUAUCACUCCUCAUUGAGUACCUAAAAACAGAAACGCCUGAUCAGUUUCUCAGCCGCGUAGGGUCCAACUACGUAACUGAGGAGAGCCUCCACAAGGUGAUGCCCGCUAAGCUAAGCGAGGUAUACGAUAGAAUACUAAACAAGAUCACCUCGGCGCACGGUAACAGGCGCGUGAGGUUUAUCCUCUAUUGCGUCAUUGCUGCUCGUAGGCCACUGACAGAGAGGGAACUGGCAAUGUCUUAUUGCCUGGGGUGGAAGAUGAAACAAUGCGAUAGGAUCCCGGAUACAAUGUACUUGGAUUGUCGAAAGUACAUUUGGACUUUGUGCAAGCCUAUACUUUUUCUUGAUGAUAAGACAGACGCUGUCAAUCUGACACACCAAACAGCCAAGGAAUACUUGAUGAAGAGCUGUCUGAUUAGAGACUGGUCGAUAUCAGAUUUCCGUCAGCUAGACCUAUUGUCCGCUCCUUGGAUCUACGACUUCAGAAAGAUUCUGCGAAUGCACCUGGACAAGGUUUCGCUCCAGCUCUUCCCUCUCAGCAUCGUCAUUGCCUUUUUCAGGACAAUUCUUAUGUAUCUUGGUGUCUUCAUGGCAUAUUCCGAGACUAAUUUGGAUGAAGCCAAUCGUCUGAUGUUUCGAAUCUGCUGGAGAUAUCUUGAGAUGAGGAAGCUACAAGGCGACCAGGAAACUGUAAAUGUUGAACUCGGGAAAGAUUCGACCGAUGUGAGCUAUAACAAUCAGUGCUAUGAAUAUGCUUCCAAAGAGUGGUAUCAGCAUUUCCUGGUGUUGAGCCAGACUUCAACCAAUCUUUUGAUUCGAUCACGAGCUGAUAUUCAAUCAUUACGCCAGGAACUGGUACGUGCUGUUGCUGCCUCUGACGGGAUAGCCGGCGUGUUACCUGGCAUUCUUCUGCCGUCUGUAAUUCCGUUCGAAAUCAGAAUAGGUCAGAUAAAAGAUAUCGAUACAUAA